AAUUGAUUUGAAGGGAAACCAUAUUAUCGCACAAAAUUGGGAUACAAAGGCUACUCUCAGACAAAAUUACUUGCGAUUAGGUCUAAUGCCAUCACUGAAUGGGGUAAAAGGCGGUACAGAAAAACUAUAUCCUGACUCCUCAUCGCAACAAGAAGAGGAAGCAAACAUCGAACAAUUAAAGAAGACCCUUGGUCCGAAUGAAGGUAUCAUUGAACGAGACAAGGAUGGAAACGUGAUAAACGUGAUAAUUGGUCGAACACGUGAAGAGGAAGAGGAGGAGGUGUUUGACGGAGAGGUGGAGCCGGUACCACCUAAAACUGAUGUUGUUAGAGCUUUAGAAGCACAAGCGGCAAAUGGAUAUACGCGUAAAACGUAUCAAGCAGACGGCGAAAUAGCUUUUGUACGUGAAUGUAUAGCGAAGUACGGCGACAAUUAUGAAGCGAUGUUCCGCGAUAUAAAGUUGAACACGCAUCAGCACACAGCUAAUCAAAUACGAAAAAAAUGUGAAAGAUAUCUGAAAUCGGUGUCCUCCCCUUCAUCAAUGUCAAUAGAAUAA